GUAGAUUGAGUAAAGUGUAGAGGUUGUUACACUCCUCGAAGAAUCACGACAGCGUGGGUGUGUGUUUACUCGCAGAGGUCUAGAUAUCACAGAGCUGUUGCAAUGAAAUAUGAACUUUUUUGCUGAUGUGUAACAGCACGUUAUUGAAGUAGCAACUCGCGUCUUGUAAGCAGUAUAAAGUUUAUUUUUCCUAUACUUUUCUGUUCAUUUUUAUCGAAGAUGCUUUCUGGGUCUGGCUGUGCCUUGUGGAUUGUACUGCUGUCACACUUGGAAACCGCCUACGCGAGUUACUCCGAAGACCAAUGUAGCUGGAUGGGGAGCGGGUUGUCCCAGCAGCCAGGCAGCGUGGAGCAGAUCUCCCUCCACUGUGCAGAGGGUUCCCUAGACUGGCUGUACCCCAAGGGGGCGCUGCGGCUCAGCCUGUCUCCCAGACUCCCCUCGGGAGCAGUGGGUCCGGGGGGUGAGGGACGGAGCUCGGGACUCAUCACUGCCUGCAUCAAGCCCGAGGAGACGUUCCGGGGGGCGCAGAUCUACCUGGAGCGGGACGGGGUCCUGGAGCUGCUGGUGGGAGAUCGGCCUGACUCCCCUCGGCCCCCCCGAGUGCGCUGCUUCAGCCGGCCACCUGGGGAGAAGGUGGCUCUGUUUCUUCAGGCCACCCCUCACCAGGACAUCAGCCGCAGGAUCGCAUCCUUCCGAUACGAGCUGCGCGGGGACUGGAACGCACGGCUGUCUCUCGACUCCAAUACCGUCCACCACGAAGGAGCCUGCAGACCCUGCAAUGACACAGAGAUACUGAUGGCUGUCUGCACCAGUGACUUCGUGGUUCGAGGGAACAUUCGCUCAGUGUUGAAUGACGAGGACCUGCGAGUGUCUGUGAUCAAAGUGAGCGCGUCGCGGGUUUACCGGCAGAAGUACUCCCUUUUCCCCACUGGGGGGCGCUUGACAAAGGCCGGGGAGAUCCGGACCCUGCUGCAAUGCGGCGUCAAGCCUGGAGCCGGCAGUUUCCUCUUCACCGGGAGAGUGCACUUCGGGGAGGCCUGGCUGGGCUGCGCACCCAGGUACAAGGACUUCCGACGGGCCUACGAGGAGGCCCGCAACGCACACAAGAUCCCCUGUGAAGUGGCCUCUGACUGAGAGACACAAACAGCUUCCCGCCAGGGGAGAAAAUACAGCCCUCUGCAAAGCCUUUGAAAUCUACCUCCAUACCAAAUUUUGUUUUUGAUAGUUCCAGUAGUUUUAAAAGGACUACCAACGCAUGGAGCAGCAUUCCAGAUACAUUGUAGUUGGAAUCGGAAAUGGAUGAAGUAUAGGAGAAGGAUUCAUAACGAGUGAAAAGGCCCAGUCUGGGUUGAUAAACUGCAUGCCUGUUAGAUAGUCGCAUAUAACCUGCUUCUUUUAUGAAGGAACGCAGGAAUUCUGCUGAGACUGGAGAUAUAUGAAAUAAUGUUGCAUGCUAUACUGUAUAUGUGGCCCAGUCAUAGACUGAAAGAUUUUGUUGGGCUGUUCAGUACAAUACCCCCCCCACCCCCCCCCGCACCGUUUUUAUAAAUUGCACCUGCCAUUUGCCACUUGUAUUUUGUAGAGGGUGGGGGGAGGGUAAUUUUCUGAUUUGCACUGUUCUGUUGUCAUGGAAAUGAAAGGACCAAGAGGAAAAAAAAAGUAAUAAAAGCAAGCACUGAAGAAUCUGGAAACCAAACAAUUUACAAGUGUGUAUAUAUACAGUACAGUAUUAAUAUAUAAUUGGACUUCAGCUAGGCCUAGUUUAUUCCUGAGCAUGUGUAAGCUGUAGCAAUAGGCCUGAUCGUAAAUACCGUACGAUUUUAAAAUGUUUUUCCCAGUGUACACACUGUUUUCUUUUUUUGCUGUAGAUAUAUACACAGGGUCCCCUGUAUAUUUGGUGAAAAGACCCUGUAUAAAAAACAAAACAACAACUUUGUUAAACACACCAUAAAAAUAUUAACUUUACGCUUCAAAUGGUGAUACCAUAAAUGGAUUUACAGACUAUUCAACACACUGAGGAAAUCUGUUCCAUGUAAACCUUGAAGUGAAAAAGAAACCUGAGACUUCACAUUAACUGUGGAGAUUAGCUAUAGGGAGCCUGCCAGUCCCACCCCGUCCAGUAGGGGGCACUAUACUAGUUCAGUCAGGCUCGAAUUUGAUGUCUUGGAGCCCACUUUACGCUUGGCAGACUAUAAACUACUGUAUUUUGCGCAGUGGUUACCAUGUUACCAAAGUGGGCAACAAAAAAACAAAAAACAAGGAUAUAGUAAAAUGUCUUAGUUCUGGUAACGCUACAGUCUGUUGUCGUGGUAGAGUUGAAUUGUCCCAAUGCAUUCCAUUGCUGAGGUACUGCAAUUACUCUCUAUAGAAUGGGUGUCUUGCCUAUUCCUGAAAGUGAAUUAGUACACAAUGGUCUGUUGUUCAAUGGUCUGCUGUUAAACAUUAAUGGCAAGUUUUGAGUACAUUUUAAAAUGUUACCUAAGGUUAAGUCAGCUUUCAAUGAUAACAAACCACGUGCUGAAGUCAGUUCGACUCCCCAGUGCUGUAAAAUGGUCUAAUAAAAUUCAGGGAUGUCUUCUCAUCGUGGGGUAUACCUUCAUCAAGUUAACUCCUUAGUUUCUAACUGUUUUACCUUUUAAGAUUGGGAGGUAAAUGUGUGAAAGGAACACAGUGUGUUAAACAUGCAGGUUUUGUUAAGCAUUAGCCAAGAGAAGUUUCUGGAACAUGGAGUACAGUAAAAUAUUAAUAAUUGUGAUGUAUGGGAUGAAUACUGGAAUGUGGUAUUGGUCAUUUCUGACAUGCAUUCUAAUGUGCCUUAGAUCUUAAAACAUUUAAAAUACCAGAAUGUGGCACCAAAUCCUAAUUGUGUUAAAAGCUGCAUCCAGCUUUUAAUACUGGACCACUAGAUAAUUGGAUAUGAAUAUUAAAAGGCACAGAGUUGACUAAUCCUAUAUGUGUUCAGCAUUCAGCAAAACAUUUAUCCAGGUUUUCUUUUAGUUUCACUUCAAACUAAAAUCUUAAGGUUGUUGGCUUAAGCAGUAGGCAAUAUUGACCAUAUACAUUGUCCGUUCCGACCAGAACUUCACUAAAUGUCAAAAUCUGACUUGGGUGAACUUUGCUUUCUGCAUACAUUUAUGCAUAUCUGUAAGUGUGUUUAUGAAUUUAUGUUAAGUCUAUUCCUUGUUGUUUCAGUGUUGCAUGUGUUUGUACCUUGUUUUCCUAUCUUAAAGUGCACUAAAUUAUGAUUUAAGAACUGAUACCAAAUGUAGUUUUUGAACAAGAACGUUUAUGUGAAAUGCACCUCGAGAGCUUCAAACUGCCAUUUUGUUGACGAUGUUGUAUUUGUUUUUAAAUCCUAGCCCGUUACCAGGGUGACUAGCUGGAAGGAGACUGCUUGUUUGUGUUAAUCUCAGUGUAUAUAUGUACAUAGAAAUGGUUUACGAAACACUAAUGUGUUUAUUAAUUCAUGCUUCUGUGUUGUGAGCAAAGUCUAUUACUGUGUUUGUACUUGAAAUGUCUUAUAAAGUUUUAAAAAGAAAA